AUGGAGCAAAUUCCAAUAAUAGAUUUUUCAUUCUUUAAUAUCGAUCAAGUUGGUUGCUCUAAAGAAAUCAAGAGAGCAAGUGAAACUAUAGGAUUUUUUUAUUUAAAAAAUCAUGGAAUUCCACAAGACGAUAUUGAUAAAAUGUUUCAAAAUGCAAAAUUCUUUGAUUUAUCAAAAGAGGAUAAAUUAAAAUAUCCAGUAAAUGAAAAUUAUAGUGGUUAUGUUUCCAUUCAUCAGGAAAUGCUUGAUCCAUCAAACCAAAAAAUCGGUGAUUGGAAAGAAUGUUUCAAUUUCGGUAAAUUACAUGACGGAAAGCCGAGAUCACAAAAAUUACCUCCAUAUUUCGAAGGGAAAAGUGAAUUUAUCAUUAAAUUCGAAAAGAAAUGUCAUCAGUUAUGUAUGAAAAUCUUGCAAGCUUAUGCUAUAGCUUUAGAAAUACCACAAGAAGAAGGCGGUAAGAAUUGGUUUGAGCAAAGACACAAAUAUGAAAAUGAAUCCGGUGAUACAUUAAGGAUAUUACAUUAUCCUCCUAUCAAACAUAACAUUGAUGAGCAAGAUAUUCGCGCGGGAAGUCACACGGAUUACGGUUCCCUGACAAUUUUAUUUCAAAAAGAUAUCGGAGGUUUAGAGAUAGAAUUACCUUUGACAAAACAAUGGAUCUCUGCUCCUGUGAUUAAUGAAUGCGUAUUGAUUAAUAUAGCAGAUUUAUUAGAAUAUUGGUCGAAAGGAUUAUUUAAAUCGACCAAACAUCGUGUUGUAUUUAAUGAUGAUACUUUGAUGAAGGAUAGAUAUAGCAUAGCUUAUUUUUGUCAUGCUGAAAAUGAUGCUGGUUUGGAUCCUAUUCCAAGUAAAUAUUUAGAAAAUUUGGUUCCAAUAAAUAUGGAGAAGGGAAUUUCUUAUGGUGUUGACGGUGUUAAAAAACCUUCAACUGCCGGCGAACAUUUAAUGUAUAGAUUGGUUUCUACUUAUCAAUAUUAA